UGACGUUAUUGCUGGCGUACGACUGCAGCGUAAUUGGGUUUAUCCUAAAUGAAUGCACAUCCAAUGGGCAAACAGUCCAAGUGGAUAUUAUGAGCAGCCAGGGAGAUAUCAAACCCACUAAAUCCCUCUUAUGAUUCAAUGCGACAUUAAGUCGACACCGAGUUGUUGACUUGCUCGCCUUUUUAAUAACACUUUGGAUUCACGAUCCAAAAGUUCUGGUUGACCUAACAGUGCUUCACUUCAGAGGACUCUGCUCAUUGAAACAGUGCAGGGCACAACGAUGCGGCUCGCCAGGACCCUCCUCGCCCUGGCACUUCUUUGCGCACCGGUUUCCAGCAUCUGCUUACCGACGUACGACUCCGUAUCCAACUUUCUUUGCAACAGUGAAGUGUUCUCCGAGACAAAUGAUGACGGGCAAUCAGAAAAUUCCCUGCUGGACAGUCUAAACCUCCUGUACAAAUCGGCACACGCGUUUUCCUCCGAGGAGCCGCGCGAGAGGAGGACGAUACCCGCGUCCAAAUACAGAUACUUGAGCCAGACGCAGCUCAGGAGUAAACUGUACCGUAACAGUGCGAAGAGUGACCGACGCAGCCAGGUCACCCUAUCCCUUGAUGUCCCCACCAACAUUAUGAACAUCCUCUUCAGCAUUGCCAAAGCCAAGAACCUGCGCGCAAAGGCGGACGACAACGCACGCUUGCUGGCGCAGAUUGGAAAGAGAAAGUGAACUCUUAUGUCACUAAUUUGACUUUAACCUUUUAUCUUAUUUUAUUUUAUUUUUUUAUUUUAACAACUGAGGCAUGUUAUCUCAAAUGUAAUAAUGUAGUAGCCUAAAUGUUGUUGUUUUUCCCAGUUGCAUAACAAAUUAGCAAUACGUAUUAACAGGUUACAAAUGAGUUUUGAUUAGUACUGUCAAACAAUUAAUCGUGAUUAAUCGUAUCCAAAAUAAAAGUUUCUUGUUUACAUAAUAUAUGUGUGUAUACUGUGUAUAUUUAUUGUGUAUAUAUAAAAAUACAAACACAUGCAUAUAUCUAUAUAUAAAAUGUUAUGUUUAUAUAUUAAGUAUAUUUAUAUAAAAUCUAAAUAUAUAAAUGUAUAUACAUGUAAAUAUUUUCAAAGUAUAUAGGCCUACUGUAUGUGUGUGUAUUUAUAAUAUAAACAGUACACACACAUAUAUACUAUGUAAACAAAAACUUGUAUUGUGGAUGCAAUUAAUCGCGAUUAAUCAUUUGACAACACUAGUUUUGAUUUAAACGCAUAAUGGUUUGGUCAUGGUAGGCUUGUCACAUUUGUUAUUUAAUGCUGUUUUACAGAUAAUUGAGACUUAUGGCAAUUGUCAACAAGACUGGUCAGUUUCUAAACUCAAGCUAAAGAGACAUAAUGAUUGGAAUAGCCUAUAGCAUAUGUCUCAGAGUGAAUUAGCCUAUGACAUAUUUUGCAAUGCUCGUACACCUUUCCCUUUUCAUUAACAUAAUUUAUCUGUACAUAUCAGUAAAAAGUUGACCUGAUUAAUAAACAGUUACUGCUCUAUAAGAUACACGACUGGAUGGCUACAGAUUAUGUAAAGUUCUGAAAACUUUGGGUUGACAGCUUAAUAUUUUUGUACUGUAAACAAUUGUUUUAUCGUUUAAUAAAUAAAUCAUUGCAAUUGUAACAAA